GCCAGCAAUGACUCCGUGCCCAGCGGACCGCUCGCAUGUGAUGGGGAGCUCCAUUCUGCCGCGGUGCAUCUGCGAAACGGCCGGGUCAGCGUAGCUGCGAGCAAGGGCCAGCAGCAGACGGUCACUUGUGGGAUUGUGUCUUGAGCACAUCCUUAAUGAGUGUGUGUGGGUGGAUUAACCGGAGGUUGUCUCCAAAUCAGUGCUGGCGAGGAGCUGCGUGUCGGUGUUGUGAUUAGAGUCGGGAAAAUCAUCGGCAACGAGGGAACGCCCAGCCCAGUGUGGUUAUUUCAAGUCUUUGACCUUGUCCAUCACCCUACUGUACAGAGAAAGAUCCCAUUGGCUCUUGACUGCCAGAAAUUGGAGCUGGGAGAAAUCGAACGAUUAUCACCUUAAACAAAUGAUACAAUCACAGAGGGAACUAUUAUCCAUCGUCUAGCACCGAGACUGUCAGCACCAGGGACCUGACACUUGUAAGGUGACUGGUGAUCUCCGUGCGGAGGAGGGUGAAGGAGGUUUGCGUUAUGAACACCAGCGCAGUACCCUAUCAGCAGAAUUCGUACAGCCGUGGAGGUGAGCCUGGAACUAUCCGCUGCUAUAGAUGUGGCGGUGUGUGCAAAGGAGAGGUGGUGCGGGUACACAAUAACCAUUUCCACGUCAAAUGUUUCACCUGCCAAUUGUGCGGCUCUGACUUGGCCCAAGCAAACUUCUUCUACAAGAAUGGGGAGUAUAUUUGCACGCUAGAUUAUCAGCGGCUCUAUGGCACACGCUGCGACAGUUGUAAGGAGUUCAUUGGGGGAGAGGUGAUCUCAGCUCUGGGAAGGACAUUCCAUCCAAAGUGUUUCGUCUGCACAGCCUGCAGGAAGCCAUUCCCUGUUGGAGACCGUGUUACUUUCAGUGGGAAGGACUGUGUCUGUCAGCAGUGUUCUCAUACAUUGGUUACAGCCUCUGAGCCAAUAAAGAUUCAUGGACCAAGUCAGUGUGCUGGCUGUGGGGAUGAGAUCAGACACGGACAGUCUCUGCUGGCCCUAGAGAAGCAGUGGCAUGUGAGCUGCUUCAAAUGUCAGUCCUGUGGCGUUGUCUUGACAGGAGAAUAUAUCAGCAAGGAUGGUGUUCCUUAUUGUGAAACAGAUUACCAUUCUCGUUUUGGCAUCAAGUGUGAGAGUUGUGAUAGAUAUAUCAGUGGAAGAGUACUGGAGGCAGGAGGCAAACAUUACCACCCAACUUGUGCGAGGUGUGUCAGAUGCCACCAGAUGUUCACAGAGGGAGAAGAAAUGUAUCUAACAGGCUGUGAAGUAUGGCAUCCCCUUUGUAAGCAGUCUGCUAGAAUGGAAAAGAAGCUACGGCACAGGCGUGCUUCAGAAGCCUCAAUCUCUCCUCCGGGAUCCAGCAUUUCAGGAUCUCCUAAUCGUGUUAUCUGUGCAAAGGUGGAUAAUGAAAUACUUGACUAUAGGGAUCUGGCCGCUCUUCCCAAAGUUAAAACUAUCUAUGACGUUCAACGUCCCGAUCUGGUUUCCUAUGAACAAUAUCAGAAAUCUGCAUCAGAAGACAGACUUGAAAGAUAUGGUUUUGGGGAGUCUCUUGGAAUGCUGUCACCAUACUCACAGGACAUAUAUGAUGGGAUUGAUUUAAGACAGAGAAGAUCUUCUAGUCCUGGAUACAUUGACUCACCGACAUACAGUCGACAGGGAAUGUCUCCCACAAUGCCUCGAUCACCUCUACAAUAUCACAGACCAGAAUAUGUGUACAUAGCAACAAAAAGCAAAACCAGCGAGGAUAUUGUACAGUCUGCAAGAUAUCCUGCAGCAUACUCUCCUGAUAUAUUCCAGCAGGCAGAGCCAGAGUAUUGGCAAUACCCAACUUCGCCUAAAGCCUCAAGAUGGAGUCGAAGAUCUUCUUCUGGUGCUGAAGACGAUGGCCAAAAUAUUUGGGACCAGGGCAUUCAGAGGAUACAGAGUGGCAUUAAUCGAUUAAUUCUGAAGGAGGAAAUGAAGGCUAGAUCAGGGAGUUAUGACAAUGACCCCUGGACAACACGAAGUUCUACAACAAGUAGGGAAUACCUACAGAAUGUAGGCAUUGAUUCUCCACUUAAUGGAUCUCCACGAGGAAUGCACAUGGGUGACAGCGAUCCACUGAUUUCCAAGUCUGCUUCUCUUCCUGCCUACAUGAGAAAUGGAAUGCACAGGCCCCAGAGUGCUGAUAUUUUCCAGUAUGACAAUGACAGCUCUGUUAACUGGGGGAUGAGAGAGUACAAGAUUUAUCCAUUUCAUCUGUUGAUGGUAACCACCAGAGGCCGGAAUAAGUUGCCAAAAGAUGUCGACAGGACAAGGUUAGAGCGUCACUUGUCUCCAGAAGAUUUCUACCGGGUGUUUGGAAUGACACUCGCAGAGUUUGAUCGACUUGCAUUAUGGAAAAGAAACGAACUGAAAAAGCAAGCAAGGCUCUUUUAAACAAAUAUAAGUAUCCUGUUAAAGAAAGGAAAAUCACCUACCCAAGUAUACAAGCAUUUAUUCACACAAUCUGUUAGUAGUGUUUUACAAUCAUAUAAUGUUAAGAAAGUUAUAUGUAUCUAUGGAUGUUCUGCAAAUGUCUAUCAGGUGUGGGCUCAUAUUUCCAUAUUUUGCAACUUUUGUGAUAUAAUCCACUAAUCAUAAAGAAUUUUGGGGAGUAAAAUUACAGUGGCCCUGAUACACAGUAUGUUCUAAACUUGGAUUUUUAAAUAAACUAAGAUUAUUUGCUAUCUAUCUCUUAUCAUUUAUUUUUGUUUGAUUUCCUUCUCUGACUUAGAUGAGAUUUUUCAUAUCAAUUCUCUAUGUUUUAUCUUUGAACUUUUUUGUUAAUGUACAAAUAGAAUUGCUGAAUGUCAAAACUCCACAGAACAGAAAACUGUCAACUAAAUAUAUUACUGAAGUAGCUGUUGUCCUAAAUGGGAGUUUUGAUAAUGUCACAGAUAAACACACCUGUAAAUGAUUCCGUUUACUCUAAUGAUUAUUAACCUUUUUUUCUCAGCUGAUAUAGAGUCCCAUAUUUGUUUGUUCAUUGAUAAUUGUUGCAUUUUGUUUG